GGGGGGCGGCGGCCAUUGGGGGGCCAGGCCCCGGCUGCGUUCUGCGCAGCCAUUGGCGGACUCAGAGCGCAGCACUGAGCAUGUUCUGGGCUGCCGCCCGCUCGCUCUCGGCUGCAGCCGCAGCCACGGCAGCCGCGGGAGCAAGCGCGCAUUGUGCGAAGAGGAGGCAGAUGCUAGCAGGGCCAGCCCCGCGCGAUUUGGCCUCCUCUCCCAGCGGCUCGCCUGGCCGCCUGACUGUCCCGGGAGCCUCCCCCUGUGCGGGCUGGGGGCCAAGGAGGGCCGGCAUGGCCUGAAUGCUGGAGGCGCCUCGGCUCAGCAGCGGGAUUGCAACAUGGGGAACCAGGAUGGGAAGCUGAAGAGGAGCGCAGGUGAUGCCUUGCACGAAGGCGGAAGCAGCGCAGAGGAUGCUGUCGGGCCCAGAGAUGUGGAAGCCACAAAGAAGGGGAGCGGGGGCAAGAAGGCGCUGGGCAAGCACGGCAAGGGGGGAGGAGGUGGCGGCGGGGGAGAGCCAGGCAAGAAGAAGGGCAAGUCGGAAUCCAGAGCCUCAGUGUUUUCCAACCUGCGGAUCAGGAAGAACCUGUCCAAGGGGAAAGGCACCGGCGGCUCCCGCGAGGAUGUGCUGGACUCCCAGGCCUUGCAGAUCGGGGAGCUGGACAGCGCGCACUCCCUGGUCACCAAGACCCCAGAUCUCAGCCUCUCUGCAGACGAGACGGGCCUGUCGGAUACCGAGUGUGCUGACCCUUUCGAGGUAACCCGUCCAAGUGGCUCUGGACCCACCGAUGUUGGGGUUGGGGGCAGGGUGGUCUUGGGGGAUUUGGAAGCUGCUGCAGGGGUGCAGGAUGGACAAAGAACCAGUUCCGGCUCGGACACGGACAUCUAUAGCUUUCACUCGGCCACGGAGCAAGAGGAUUUGCUCUCAGACAUCCAGCAGGCGAUCCGCCAGCAGCAGCAGCAGCAGCAGCAGCAGCAGCAGCAGCAGCAGCAGCAGCAGCAGCUGCUGCUCCAGGGCCCUGAGAAGCCUGCAGCAGCCCCCACAGCCACCUCCCCCCAGCCCGGGGCCUUCUUGGGCCUGGACCAGUACCUGCUGGGCACGAGCAGCGCAGCCGGGGAAGCCCCUUGCAGUCCCGACACGGAGCAGGCUCUGUCUACGCUGUCUGACCUGCCUCGGAGCCUGGUCACCGAGCCCCGGGUGCCCGAGCAGCCUCUACCCCCCGGAGCCUUAGCUGUGCCUGGCCUGCCGGUGGGCCAGCCUGCUGCUGCAGACUCGCCCUCCUCCCCGGCCUUCCGGUUCCCCGAGUCCUCACCAGCGGAGGAGGAGGGCUCGGCCAGAAGCCCCGGCCCAGGGGUUGGGGACACUGAUGAGGAAGGCGAAGAAGAUACUUUUGAGGAUGCCCCCCGAGACUCUCCAGGGGAGGCGUGGGGCCUGGAGGCGGGAGAGGACUCCCCGAGGCCGGGGGCAGAGCCCGAGGGGGAGCCCGGCAGGCCCGGCGCCCUGGCAGCCGCCUCCCUGCCAGGCAGUCCUGCGCCCAGUCCACGCUGCUUCAAGCCCUACCCGCUCAUCACUCCCUGCUACAUCAAGACCACCACCCGGCAACUCAGCUCGCCCAAUCACUCUCCGUCUCAGUCUCCCAGCCAGAGCCCCAGGAUUAAGAGGCGGCUGGAGUCUUCCCUGAGCCGGGGGCCCAGGGCUGCCCUCAUCUCCGCCGCCGCUCCGCCCAAGAAGCACCGGGCUGACGGCGGCCUCACCUGCGGCCUCAGCCGCUCGGCGGACUGGACAGAGGAGCUAGGCAGCCGCGCGCCCCCGGCCGGGGGCUCUGCGCACCUACCGGAACGCGAGGCUGCCUCAGAGGGGGGCGGUGGGGUGCCCCCCGUACUGGCAGCCAAGGUGUCUGGGGCGCCGGCGGCUGCAGAUGGCUUCCAGAACGUGUUCACAGGGCGAACGCUGUUGGAGAAGCUGUUCAGCCAACAAGAGAACGGGCCUCCAGAAGAAGCAGAGAAGUUUUGCUCCCGGAUCAUUGCCAUGGGUCUUCUACUUCCUUUCAGUGACUGCUUCAGGGAACCAUGUGAUCAGAACGCCCAAUCAAGUUCAGCUCCAUUUGAUCAAGAUCAACUUUACACCUGGGCUGCAGUCAGCCAACCCACUCACUCACUGGAUUACACAGAAGGGCAGUUUCCCCGACGAGUCCCACCUGUUUGGCCACCAGCUACACCUCCUGAUGAAGAACACAGGUCUAAGGAUGUUGAAACAGAAUCUCAGUCUGCUGUUUUGGAAACUCCAAAAAAAUGUUCAGAUGCUGUUCAGCAGGAAGCUUUUGAAAUGAAGUCUGAAGGACAGGCAACUGUAAUUCAGCAGCUGGAACAGACCAUUGAGGAUCUGAGGACCAAAAUAGCUGAACUGGAGAAGGGGUAUCCUGCCCUGGACGUGGAGAUGGCCAGAGGCCGUCAUGGGGCUCAGAAUGGAGGUGCACCCUUAGAAGAUGUCUGUCUUGAAGCUCUCAGGUUAGGAGAAAAGGAUGUACGCCAUCAAAGGAUUUUACAGGCAAAGUCAAUCCAGACAUCCCCGACAGAUGAGGGUGGGAUACCAAUACUGCCUUCUGUUAAUACACUGCCAGAGUGUCCUCACCACCCACCUGGGGCUGAAAGUGGAGACUCACCUGUGCCGUCCUCACCUUCUGGACCUCAGACAAAAUUCUGUUCGGAGAUUUCUUUGAUUGUGUCUCCAAGGCGAAUAUCAGUACAGCUCGACACACAUCAGCCCACGUUGCCUCCACCAUCUCCAUCCCUCCUGAAGUCUGACAGUCAAAGACAGUCCGGGUCACAGCCUUCCCAUCCUUCUCUUCAUACUGAGUUUGAAACCAGCCAUGAACACUCUGUUUUCUCUUCCUUUGAAAACAGCCACAACGUCCAACCCUCACCACCUCUGCCUUGCACAGAGUCUUCCAGUUCCAUGCCUGGUGUAGGCAUGGCAGCUCCCCCACCUCCCCUUCUCCCUGGCACGACGAGACCUGUUCUUCCCAGUGUAGCCAUCCCUCCACCUCCUCCUCUGCCUGGUACAGAAAUGUUACCGCCCCCUCCUCCACCUUUGCCUGAUGAGGGAAUACCUCUUCCCCCUUCUCUUCCUGUAGUGGAGAUACCUCCUCCCCCUCCUCUGCCAGGUGAGGGAAUACCUCCUCCCCCUCCUCUGCCAGGUGAGGGAAUACCUCCUCCCCCUCCUCUGCCAGGUGAGGGAAUACCUCCUCCCCCUCCUCUGCCAGGUGAGGGAAUACCUCCUCCCCCUCCUCUGCCAGGUGAGGGAAUACCUCCUCCCCCUCCUCUGCCAGGUGAGGGAAUACCUCCUCCCCCUCCUCUUCCCGGUGUGGGAAUACCUCCUCCCCCUCCUCUUCCCGGUGUGGGAAUACCCCCUCCCCCGCCUCUUCCCGGUGUGGGAAUACCCCCUCCCCCUCCUCUUCCCGGAGUGGGAAUACCCCCUCCCCCGCCUCUUCCUGGAGUGGGAAUACCUCCUCCCCCGCCUCUUCCUGGAGUGGGAAUACCUCCUCCCCCGCCUCUUCCUGGAGUGGGAAUACCUCCUCCCCCGCCUCUUCCUGGAGUGGGAAUACCUCCUCCCCCGCCUCUUCCUGGAGUGGGAAUACCUCCUCCCCCGCCUCUUCCUGGAGUGGGAAUACCUCCUCCCCCUCUCCCGCCAGGUGAAGGAAUACCUCCUCCCCCUCCUCUGCCUGGAGUUGGGGUUCCUCCACCUCCUCCUUUGCCAGGUAUGGGGAUUCCACCUGUUCCAGCUACCCUGCCAACUUCUGGAACAGGCAUUCCCCCACCCCCUCUGCUUCCUGGAUCAGGCCCUCCACUCCCCGCUCAAGUUGGAAGUAGCACUUUAUCAGCACCACAAGUGUGUGGUUUUCUUCCUCCUCCAUUGCCAGCUGGCUUGUUUGGAUUAGGGCUGAACCAAGACAGAGGGAGUAGGAAGCAGCCAGUAGAGCCUUGUCGGCCCAUGAAGCCUCUGUAUUGGACGAGAAUUCAACUGCAUAGUAAAAGAGACUCCAGUGCUUCACUUAUUUGGGAAAAAAUUGAAGAGCCAUCCAUAGAUUGUCAUGAAUUUGAGGAAUUGUUUUCUAAAACUGCCAUGAAGGAGAGGAAGAAACCUAUUUCUGACACUAUCACAAAGACCAAGGCUAAACAAGUGGUCAAGUUAUUAAGCAACAAAAGGUCACAAGCAGUUGGAAUAUUAAUGUCUAGCCUUCACUUAGAUAUGAAAGAUAUACAACAUGCUGUUGUGAACUUGGACAAUUCUGUGGUUGAUCUGGAGACCCUUCAAGCUCUCUAUGAGAAUAGAGCACAAUCAGAUGAACUGGAAAAAAUUGAAAAGCAUGGCCGGUCCUCCAAAGACAAAGAAAAUGCCAAGUCUCUGGACAAACCUGAACAGUUCCUUUAUGAACUGUCACUAAUCCCCAACUUUUCAGAACGAGUCUUUUGUAUCCUCUUCCAGUCCACAUUUUCAGAAAGCAUUUGCUCAAUUCGUCGCAAACUGGAAUUGCUACAGAAAUUGUGUGAGACAUUAAAAAAUGGCCCAGGGGUUAUGCAAAUUCUGGGUUUGGUUCUUGCUUUUGGCAACUACAUGAAUGGUGGAAAUAAGACUCGAGGACAGGCAGAUGGCUUUGGGUUAGACAUUCUUCCGAAGCUGAAAGAUGUUAAAAGCAGUGACAAUAGCAGAAGCCUUUUGUCAUACAUCGUUUCCUACUAUCUUCGAAAUUUUGAUGAGGAUGCUGGAAAAGAACAGUGUGUUUUUCCACUGCCAGAACCUCAGGACCUUUUUCAGGCUUCACAGAUGAAGUUUGAAGAUUUUCAAAAAGAUCUCAGAAAACUAAAGAAAGACUUGAAAGCCUGUGAAGUUGAGGCGGGGAAAGUAUACCAGGUAUCCUCAAAAGAGCACAUCCAGCCUUUCAAAGAAAACAUGGAACAAUUUAUUAUUCAAGCUAAAAUUGACCAAGAGGCAGAGGAGAAUUCACUGACAGAGACUCAUAAAUGCUUUUUGGAGACUACAGCCUAUUUCUUCAUGAAACCAAAAAUUGGAGAGAAGGAAGUGUCCCCAAAUGUUUUCUUCAGUAUCUGGCAUGAAUUCAGCUCCGACUUUAAAGACUUUUGGAAGAAAGAGAACAAACUCAUUCUACAAGAAAGAGUAAAAGAAGCCGAAGAGGUGUGUAGGCAGAAAAAGGGCAAAUCACUUUAUAAAAUAAAACCAAGACAUGACUCUGGAAUUAAAGCAAAGAUAAGCAUGAAAACCUGAGCAAUGAAAAGCAAAAUGAACAUGAGUCACUGCAACCACUUCCACAACAUUCAGCUGACCUGAGGGUGGGAAGGAAACUAUACCAUUUUGUUCAUUUUUCCUCUUGACCUCUAGCAUAAUCUUUGUGUUUUCUAGACAGUUCACCAAUUGUUGAAUCUUACUGUACAUUCAUAAAAAUGCAAAAGCAGUAGACCAGUGGAGAAUUUGACACCUUUUCUUUUUGUAAAGUUUAUGGUAUAAUAUUGAUAGACCAAAACAGCAUGUAUAAGAGGCAAUAUUUGCAUUAAUGCUGAACAUGCUAAAUGUUAACUUACAAUUUACUUUUGUGAGAAUAUUCCUUAUCCCAGCAAAACACUUUCCUUUCUACUGACCACCAGUACUCCAUUUCACUGCAUUUAGAUUUAUGGUAAAAUGUUAUUUCUAGUGAAUUGUUUGUAUCAGUUUCAUGUCUACAUAUAAAUUUUCUAUUUUAAAACUUAAGUACCAUUUAUAUAUCAUAAUCAAGGCUUCCCCAACUCUUGGGUUGCUCUCCAUAACUAUAUAUUUGUGAAAGAAGAUUAUCAUUUUUUUACUCAAGUAAAAAAUAUAGCAAAAGGAAAGCCCUUUCCUAUAAGUCAUUUAAUAUAGGCAGAAAUCAGAGUAUUAAGUUUAAUGAGGGUUUUUAUCAGCCUGUGUUCUUUGAGACCGUACAUAAAACUAAUCUUCAGCUAAAGUAAAUUAAAGUUGUGCCUCUCUAUAAUGUUACCAUUGGCCUUCACAAAGAAAAUAUGACUCAAUAUGUUGAAGGAAUUUAAAUAAAUGAUGUUCAUAAAAUUGCCAAACAUGACUAAUUGUUGGCAAAAAAAAAAAAAAAGUAAGUUUUCAGGUGGAUUGGCAUCUGUUAAUUCACGUACCUGCCUGAGUGUUUUUACAUGAUUAGAAUCAUCUCUAUGUGUUACAGCAGGUGAUUAAAAGCUAUAAAAUGAGUAUGUAAUGAUUUGUUACCUGAAGGAGCCUAGGAAAGGAUUUUAUUUUAUUUCAAGGGGGAAGAAGAGUAAAUCUCCCACUCUUUGUGAGAGUAUUUUAAAGUCAGCUCAAGAUACAUUGUGAUGGCUUUGUCUAAUAUUAAUAGGUGGUUUUUUUUUUCUAAUUCUCUUAAUGAUAUUUGUUGGGGCUUAUCGAUGUUGAUAAAGGGGAGAAUUUCUUGCUAUCAGAAACUAAUUAUGGAAAGACUUAAAAAAGAAAAUGUCCUGAAUCACAACUAUGUUUGCAUUUAUGUAAAGUAUGGUCUUUUACCUUUUAGUUUAUAGUUUAAGUGCAAAGAAACAGUAGUGGAUUUGGUUUGUUUUCUAGUCUUCCUGUCUCCUUCAGUCCCUCCAAUGUGUAUAUUACCAUUCUUCACUGUAAUAAUAGGGCAUUUAACAAAGAUCGCUAUGUGCAAUACUGUAUUUAGUGUUUCUAUUUCAAUUUUUCUAGGAUGUUAAUUUAUAUGAAAAUAAAAUGAAUAAUAAAAGCGU